AAUUAAUUGUUUCUCCACUUUAAAUGUCAUGCGGUACAAAUGCUCUGGAGACGGAUUUUCAUAUCAUUAUUUCUACACCUAUAUGUUAAUAGCAGAGAAUAUAAAUCGGACGAUGGGGGAAACAGGGACAGAUUUUUCUCGUAUAAUUUAUCUGAGCAGGGGUUGCCGGUCCUUUUUUCAGGGAAUCCAUACUCGUCUGGGAUAAAGAGCAGCAAGCGCCCAGAUAAAUUGGAAGAUAAAGCGCAUUCAGUGGAACUUACACCAGAAGCAUUUUCAUCGGGGAUUUCGUCUUUAUGGUUAAUUAAUUUUUAUUCAUCAGAAUGUCAUGAUUCUAAACUUUUUGGAUUUUAUUGGAAGGAAGCAGUGGAUAGAGCAUAUAAUUACAAUAGAAACGAAGAUUUUUAUUUUGGUAAUGUCAAUUGUUUUUUAUAUGAAAAACUAUGUUUGGAGUUUGGUGUUGAGAAUUAUCCCAAGAUAUUGCUUUUUGAUAAUGGCCAAUUAAAAGAAGAAUUCAAGCUUGGCGAUAUUUCGGAAAAAAAUGUACAAGAUAUUGUAAAUUAUAUGAAGGAAAAAACGAAAAAAAUAUCAUCAUUGAGAUUUAAAAAAGUAUUAAAAAGAUCUGUCAGUAAUUUAAGGUUAAAAGCAGCUUCGAAAAGGGCACAUAUUAACCCUAACGGCCAAUCUAUUGAUCUUAUUCCACAAAAUUUUGUUCAAUUAGUAACUAAAGGAAAUAGUGGAUGGUUUAUUAAAUAUCAUCUUCCGUAUUGUCCUCAUUGUAAAAUAAUGAAAGCUGAUUGGGAUAAAUUUGCAUUAUUAAUGAAAGGUCUCCUGAAUGUUGGUGAAGUUGAUUGCUCCAAGUAUACCUCUUUUUGCAAAGAUAAGGGGAUUUCUGGUGUCCCCACCAUGAUUUAUUAUAAAGGAACCUAUAGUCAUAUCUAUAAGGGUUCUAGAAAAGCAAAAGAUUUUAAGAAAUUUUCGCAUGGAAUAUUUCUAUCAAUGCCCUCCUCGGUUCACGAUCUUGACACUUAUUCAAAAUAUUCCUCUAGAUUUAUGGUUUUUUUUAUCUAUUUUUAUCCAGAAUUGACUUCAGAAGAUAAGGAUAUUAUUAAAUGGAUGUCAGUAGUUUUGAUUGGAAAAACCCCUCUCCUUAAGAUUCCAAAAACUGUCUCAUUCAUCAAAGAGUCAUCUGGCAAUUAUCCGUCUAUACUGGUCUUUCGUGAGAAUUUCUUAUUUUCCUAUCCCUUUAGAAAUUCGGUAGAUUUAAAAAAUAAAACUCGAAUUCUUAAUUGGAUGAAAUUGGUUUGGUAUCCUCUUUUCCCAAGAUUAACAAAAUAUAAUUAUAAAGAUAUUAUGCAAAAUGAUUUUGUUAUUAUAAUAAUUCUUUAUAAUCCUAAUGAGUAUAAAGCAAAAAAGCAAAUAGUUACAAGUAUUAUAGAAACAUGGAAAGCUCAAUAUCUUAAUAGAUUUAUAAAUAAAGAAUCAGGACAGCAUUAUUCAAUACAAUAUGUUUGGGUAGACGGCAGGCUCUGGAGGGCAUGGUUAUAUAAAACAUUUAAAAUAAAAUAUGGUAUAACAAAAGUUAUCAUUCAAAAAAAAGAUAUUUUUUGGGAUAAAAAUUUGGAAGGAUCCUAUAUUAAAUUAAACAAAAAAGAUAUUUUGGAAACUCUUAGUACAAUAAUGCAAGAUACAAACAAAAUCAAGCCUAUACAUCUAAAUAAACAAGCUACUAUAUCAGAAAAACCUUCUAAGAAUUAUACUUAUAUCGUGAUCAUAGUUUUUGUAGUAAUAGCGAUAUUGUUAAUGAUAUUGUUGGGUUUUAUUUUGAAAAAAACAAGGGAAAAAAGGCAGAGAGAAGAAAAAAACGCGGAACCAUUGGAAAGUAGAUUUGAGUAGUUUUUUUGUUUUUUUUUUUUUUUUGGAAUUCAUAGCAUACUGAUUAAC